AUGGCGGAUCCUGUGGCCAUCGAUGCCUCGCGUGCAGCCCCGUCAUUAUGGGAUCGCAUGUCUACCUGGGUGUCGGAGAACAAAGCAGUUGCAUACACCAUCGCAGGAACUGUGGUAGUCAUCACAAGUGCCGGAGCCAUCUAUUACUUCUCCGGUCCGAGAACAGGCGGACCUCCUUCCUCCACAGAAAAGAGGAAGAGCAAAAAGGAGCGCCGGAAGGAAAAGAAGGCCGCCGAGGAAGCACAGAAGGCUGGCACUGGCAUCAGUCUCAAAGACGCCGAGGCCGGCACAGUCCCCCCAAAGCCCGCCGCCGUUGAGACCGAGGAUGAACUUCCCGAGAUCAAUGAAAAUACGGUAGAAAGCUUGAGCGCAGAGGAGAGAGCCACAUAUGCAGGCAAACUGAAAGCUGCGGGCAACAAGGCUUAUGGCUCUAAAGAUUACAACAAGGCCAUCGAACUAUACGGCAAGGCGAUCCUUUGCAAACCCGAUCCCGUCUUCUACUCCAACCGAGCCGCGUGCUACAACGCCCUCAGCGAAUGGGACAAAGUCGUGGAGGACACCAGUGCCGCGGUUUCCAUGGAUCCAGAGUACGUGAAGGCUCUAAAUCGGCGAGCACAUGCAUACGAGCAUCUGGGAAUGUUCUCCGAGGCGCUGCUAGAUUACACCGCCAGCUGCAUCAUCGAUGGGUUCAAGAACGAGAACAGCGCGCAGAGUGUGGAGAGACUUCUGAAGAAGGUGGCUGAGAAGAAGGGUAAGGCCAUUCUUGCAGGCAAGAAGAACAAGCUACCAAGUGCUACCUUCGUCUCAAACUACCUCCAAAGCUUCCGCCCACAGCCUCCGCCGGCUGGGCUGGAAGAGGGAGUGGAACUUGACGAGAAUACUGGCAAGGGCCAGCUACAGCGCGGGCUCCUCUCGAUGAAGAAGAAGACCGGGCAAGGCUAUGACGAGGCUGCCGCUGCGUUCAAGAAGGCCGUCGAGCUUGGGGACCUUGGCGAACAUGAGGCCUUUGCCCUCAACAUGCGCGCCACGUUCUUGUACCUUGAAGGAGACACAACAAAGGCGCUGGAGGAUCUGACCAAGGCUGUGGAACUGCAGCCCUCGAUGACCCAGGCCUACAUCAAGCGUGCGAGCAUGCAGUUGGAAUUGGGCAACAAGGACCUGGCUGCCGAGGACUUUGAAAAGGCCAUGGCGCAGAACAAGGACGAUCCGGAUAUCUACUACCAUCGAGCGCAACUCCAUUUCAUCCUCGGAGAGUUCGCCGACGCUGCCAAGGACUAUCAGAAGUCGAUUGACCUCGACAGGGACUUCAUCUACUCGCACAUCCAGCUCGGUGUAACCCAGUACAAGAUGGGCUCGAUCGCGUCAUCGAUGGCGACGUUCCGCAGAUGCAUCAAAAACUUUGACAAAGUGCCGGACGUCUACAACUAUUAUGGCGAGCUCCUUCUUGACCAACAAAAGUAUCAAGAGGCCAUCGAGAGGUUCGACACAUCCAUCGAGAUGGAACGACAGACGAAGCCGACCGGUGCCAUCAAUGUCCUCCCGUUGAUCAACAAAGCUUUGGCACUGUAUCAAUGGAAGCAAGACUUCAAGGCAGCUGAGGAGCUGUGCGAGAAGGCCCUCAUCCUUGAUCCCGAGUGUGACAUCGCCGUUGCCACAAUGGCUCAGCUCCUUCUUCAACAAGGCAAAGUUGUCCGAGCUUUGGAGUAUUUCGAACGAGCUGCCGAGCUGUCGAGGACCGAAGGGGAGAUUGUCAACGCUCUGUCGUACGCCGAAGCCACCCGAACCCAGCUGGAAGUAUCGCAGAAAUACCCUCGACUUGCGUCCCGGCUUCAGCAGAUGGAAGGAGCCGCGCUCGGUGGCGCUCCAGGUGUGAGAUAG